AUGGAAUGCAAGGCGCCGUCAACGGAGCUGCCGUCCAAGCAUCUCUGCGCCAAUGUCCUCAGGCCCUUCGUGACGCUUUUGGAGUCGCAAGUCCCGGGCGUGGCCCUCACGCCGUCCUCGACGAAAGACCUCUUUACGCUCCCCAUAGCGCUGCGCCGCCACUUGCACAAGCACGCCGAGGUGACGUGGCAAAAGUUCCAGACGCAGGCGACGACCAAAAGUUGCUUGGUCGAGCGCGCCGGCAUUGUCCCCGAAGACAUCCACAUCUGCGCAACGACAGAGUACGCCUCGUCCAACGCCGGCGCGGAGCACAUGUGCCGCCUUGACGGCCAUGUCGCGUCGCUUGUGAGCUUCGCGAUCCCCGCAGAUGAGGGUGACUUCGGCGCCAUCAAGGUGAUCGAGAACGUGUGUCUCGACAGCGUCGACGAGGUCUAUGGCUACUACAACAGUCCGUUCCCGCUCAACACGGUCAGCGUCCGCACCGGCCCUAUGAUGGCCCAGCCCGCCUUCUUUAGCAUUACUGUCUCGGAGCCUGGCGGCCACAGAUCAGCGCUCGCCAGUGCUCCCGGCGGAGUUGCGAAGGUUGCCACACACAACGCCAGGGUGUAUACACACAUCUCCCAUGAACACUGA